CAUGGAUUUAACAUAAUCUUUACAAGUUUAUGAUAAUUAUUUAACCUAAUAGUUUGUUCAAAUAUUGCCUUAACGUUGUAAUUAGACUCUAAUCUUAAGUAAACCAUAAAACGUAAUUUAAUGGGUUUAAAUAUGAAAAUUAGAUCAAAUGCUUGCACAGAUUCUAAUAUCAUUCAAAAUGUUAGUCAUAUAUAAAAUUUUGUGCCCGUUUUUCUUUUUAAUAAAUUUUGCAAAUUGUGAAUUGCUGUUGACACAUGUGUUGUUUUCUUCUGGAGAAGUAGUUCCUCUGAGUUAUCCUGGAGAUGUUUAUAAAAAUCAUAUGCAUUUUAAGCAAUUUUCUGGAACAUUAACCAAAGAAGGAGAAUUGUCUUCUUAUUUUCUUGGUCAGCAACUAAGGACACGUUAUGAUGACUUUUUGGGAAAUAUCUAUCAAACCAAUUUAUCACAAGGAUAUUCUACUUAUUUUCAAGCAUCUCAAAGUAGUUUACAAUGUGUUCAUCUAGGAUUAUACCCUCCUCAAGGUGUACAAAAAUUUGAAUCAAAUUUAAACUGGCAACCUGUUCCCUAUAAAAUUUUAAAACCCUCUUACGAUAAAUUUUUAUCGCCACUGCAAUUUUGUGGUAAGUCAUCUUGGAAUCUACCAUCGAAUAUGAAUUACAGUCAAAUGUACAAAAUGCUUUCUGAAAAAAUCGGGCAACAAGUGACAACAAAUGAAGAUAUUUAUCAUAUUUACCAUUCAUUCAACUACCAAGAAAAGAACAAUUUUCAUCUUCCUCAAUGGGUUGAGCAAGAAGAAAGCCAUAUUUUGAAAGAUCUUGAAAUUGCCUCUACAGAGUUUUUUAAACAAUUAAUUCAAGAAAGGAAAGCAAUUGAGUUGGCAGAUUUCUCAAAGAAAUAAUCAAUCUAACAGAACAAAAACUAAAUCAAACAUUGAAGCCACCAGACAGAAAAAUGUUUCUGUAUUCAGGUGACAUUUUCAAUGUGAUGUUCAUAUUAUCGGCAUUAACUGAAAUCAAUGCAGUCAAUGUCUCCGACUCAAGUUGUGUGUUGUUAGAGUUGCAUAGAGUGAAUGACCAAGUUGGUUUUAAAUUGUUUUAUCAGUUGAAUGUAAAUCAAACAUCACACAUUUCAAAUCAGAAAAACGAACCGCAAGGUUUUCAACAAGUGAAUAUUCUUGAUUGUGGCGAGUUUUGUUUGAUGGAUGAUUUUGUAAACAAAGCUAAAAAAUUCUACGAACCGAAUCCGGAAUGUUUCUAGUUAUCACAAUAGUUCAAAUUGUUGUUUACAGUUAUAAAUAUUUAUUGCAAAAUUAUUUCAUGGUGCUAUUAAAUAGAAAUAGUUCAACUGUUUCUUAUCAAUGUAUAGGUAAAAUAUUUAAAAGUCUGGCAGUCAUGAGUUAGUGCAAAUAUUUUCCUAUUAAAAAAAUAAUUAAAAUAUCUGAUCGUAAAGAUUAGACUAAAUCUAUAGUAAAGUCGCUGGAAAUAUAUCCGUGACCACACAAAAAAAUCUGUAGAUAUUUUAAACUCGUUCUUAUGAACACGUAAAUCAUGUGGAUAAAUUUUCUUAAAUUGUUAAUCUACAGCCAACACAACUAUCGAUACAAUUCUAGUUAUAUUACUCUGUAUGUCCACAGUUGUCAAGGUUAACAUUUCGUUGACUUAAUUAUAAUUUACAACAUUAAAUGUUAAGCUUGGAAUUGUAAAUUAUGGCAAAUAAAAAGUCGAUCAAACAAA